AUAUAUAUAUAUAUAUAUAUAUAUAUAUAUAUAUAUAUACGUACACAUACGAAAUAGUACAUUAGCAUACGUUACUAGACCAACGAACUUUUAUAGUUAUUCAGCUAGCACCAUUAUUGUUUUUAGAGUAUAUGAUCAAAAUUGUUAUAUAAAUACACAGUUUUAUUUUCAAAACAUUGAAAUUAUUCAUUAGCAUAUUGAUAUUAUCUCUCUCUAUAUAUAUAUAUGAGACAUUCUAUAUAAUAAUUAAAGUUUUAACUUAUCCAGUUCAUUUAUUCAAUUGUUUAGAUAAAUUGAUGAAGUGCAUUUAAAUAGACUAAUUUAUUGAAUAUAACAACUGAUCAAUUACAAAAUGUUCAGAGGUUUUUUUCAAUGAAGAAAACAAAAACAAACAAACAAACAAACUAUACUUUUAUCUCCACUUAGAUACACAUAGAUUUUAUCUCUGUAUGAUGCAAUGAUGAGAUUAAUUGACAAUCAUUGACAAUGAAUCUAAUCACAAUGAAUCCAAGUUAUUUUUUAAUCAUAUUACUUUAUAAAUUCUUUUAUAUUGGAAUUUUAUCUAGUCAAAUUCAUUCAGACAAUCAGCCAUACGGUGGAGCUCAAUUAAAAAUUGAAUGGGAUUAUAACAAUCCAGCAUCGUUAUUGGAGAAUGGACAAAUUUGUGAUCGUGUUGGCGGGAAAGAAUGUGAUGUUUAUUUCACAUUAUGUUUAAAAAAUGCAGCAUCAUUUACAGAUGACAUAGAUAAAUGUCAUCUAUUACAGCAUACCACACCUAUAUUUGAUAAUGCUGGUUACUUAGAGUUUCGUGAAAGUGAUGGUAUUGAAAUAUUUGUACCACAACCUGUUCCUAACGAAUAUACAUUUACGUUAGGUAUAUUCGAGCAAGAUAUUUUUGGAUCCGUUGAAGUGAUUGGUACAUUAGUUGCUAAUCAUUUUUCAUUAUUACCAACAAACAAUUGGACAAACAUAAGAAUGUCCAGAGAAAAUGAUCUAUAUAGAAAUACUAUUUACGUUAAUGUAAGAAUGCGUCUUAGUUGCGUAAAAGACUAUUAUGGUAAUCAUUGUCACAUUUUCUGUAGACCUGAACCAUCUCGAUAUACUUGCAGUUCAGAUGGUUCUUAUAUCUGUCUCCCAGGGCUUCGAGGACCAAAGUGUGACAAAGAGGAUUCAUGUUUCUAUGAACCAUGUGCUGAUCAUGCAACAUGUGUAAAUAAAGAUGAUGAAAGUGGACGUAUCUGUUUAUGCAAUGGACAAGAAAAACCGGAAUGCUACCCAAAUUAUAAUCCAUGUGAUUCAAAACCUUGCCAAAAUGGUGGUAAAUGUCAAUUAGCCGGACAUUAUAAUGAGAGUUACAUAUGUCAUUGUACUGAACAAUGGACAGGUCAUAAAUGCAAUGAAAGACGUUCGGCAUGCUUAGAAGAGGCAGCAAAAGUUCAGCGUAAUAAUAAUUUGUCCACUGACCAUUACAACAAUUCAACUGAAGUAACGUCCGUUUGUUUAAACGGCGGUACGUGUUUUGAUCAUCCAAUCAGAUUUGAAGUUCGCUGUGUGUGUUUACCUGGUUGGAUAGGAGUUAGAUGUGAAAUACCUGUUGAAAUAGAAACAGCAAAAUCAAAUUGGAUAUUAAUAACACUCAUCAGUGUCGGAGUUGUUUUAUUUAUCACGGUUGUUCUUCUUACAAUAGGAGUUGUCUGGAAAUGUUUCAUCAGGAAACGUAAGGUACAAUAUUUAAAUAAACAUGGACCUAUUGUAUUAUAUCACAAUCCUCGAAGUUCAGCACAGUCCAAUUAUGGUAGUUCAUGUCCACUCAACCCACAUUUCAUGAAUAUUGCAUACGAAGAUACAUCAAAUAUUCCUCCAUUAAUUAAAAAAUCAUCAAAUGCUGCUUACAGUAAACAAUUAGAACCAAGUACAAUACCUGACGAAUAUGAUGAAUGUGAUCCAUUAGGCAUAUAUUCUGGUACAGGAAUAUAUGAAACUGGAUUUCCACCAGAUGAGAAUACAGAAGGUAUUGAUAAUAAAAAUAAUUCAUUAACAACAACAGGAAGAAUAUCCGAUCCUUUUGAUGAAAAUGCUCCUCCUUUACCUGAUCGAUCGGAAACAUAUGGUUCUCCAUCAUUUCAAAUGGUUUAUGACUUCAAUCAAUCAAUGAAUAAGAAAAGACCACAAUCACCAUCAAACUUAAGUACAUUUACAAAUAAUUUUAAUGAUUCAACUACAUAUCGAUCUAUUAUGAAACGUGACCAUAUAACAAAUGUUUCAGCAAUUCAUUCACCUAUUUUUGAGAAUCGACCAAAGAUUUAUAGACGAACCUCAAGUGUUUGUGACGCAUAAAUAAUUUAUUUUUAGCUUUUAAAAUCUAUUCAUUUGGAUGGAUAUUUAAUAUGGCUGAUUAACAGCUGAACUUGACAAAAUGAUUCGUCCCUUUUUUAUUAUUCAAAACCAAAACAAUUAAAUCUUAACAAUCAAUAUUUUGUAAUUUUGAAAGUGUUUCUCUAUUCCCAUUGUUUUAUCAUUUGUAAUGGUUUGUAUUGAUUUAUCGUUUUUAAAUCAUAUUGAUUAUUUUAUGGAUAAAUAAACUUGUUUUAAACCAU